GGCACUGACUGGCAUCACUGCUGGGCACUGACUGGCGGCACUGACUGGCACAACCGCUGGGCACUGACUGGUGGCACUGACUGGCAGCACUACUGGGCUGCACUGGUGGUGGGUGGGCACAGGUGGGUGGCACUGCUGGGCACAGGUAGGUGGCACUUCUGGGCACAGGUUUGUGACACUGCAGAGUGGGUGAUCUGCUGGGCACAGGUGGGUGAUCUGCUGGGCACAGGUGGGCGGAACUUGUGGGUGGCACUGCUCGGCACCGAUCAUCAGGGCACUGAUCAUCAGUGCCCUGAUGAUCAGUGCCGAUCCCCGCUCUGACAACUGCCAGUUCUCGGCAGUACUUUCCUCAUGAUCUGACAGCGUGAGGAAAGUGCAGCCGAGAACCGGCAAUUGAAU